GGCGACGGCGCGGUCCCCACUCAGGCCCUCCUUCCUUCCCCCCUCCCCUGCCUCCAGCGGUGCCAGCUGCGCCCGAGCCCCGAGAAUCCGCCGCCAGCGCGCAGGUUCCCGCAGUCGGCCGCCCUCGCCCCACAGCCAACAUGUCACUGAAAGAUGAGCCAAGACUAAAUACCUCUGCACUGCAGAAAAUCGCUGCUGACAUGAGUAAUUUGAUAGAAAAUCUGGACACGCGGGAGCUCCACUUUGAGGGAGAGGAGGUGGACUACGAUGUGUCUCCCAGCGAUCCCAGGAUACAGGAAGUGUAUAUCCCUUUCUCUGCUAUUUAUAAGACUCAAGGAUUUAAGGAGCCUAAUACACAGACGUAUCUCUCCGGCUGUCCAAUAAAAGUUCAAGUUCUGGAAGUGGAGCGCUUAACAUCUACAAAAAGGGUACCAAGCAUCAAUCUUUACACUAUUGAAUUAACACAUGGGGAAUUUAAAUGGCAAGUUAAGAGGAAGUUCAAGCACUUCCAAGAAUUUCACAGAGAGCUGCUCAAGUACAAAGCCUUUAUCCGAAUUCCCAUUCCCACCAGAAGACACACAUUUAGAAGACAGAAUGUCAAAGAAGAGCCUCGAGAGAUGCCAAGUUUGCCCCGUUCAUCUGAAAACACGAUCCAAGAAGAACAGUUCUUUGGUAGAAGGAAACAACUAGAGGAUUACUUGACAAAAUUACUAAAAAUGCCCAUGUAUAGAAACUAUCAUGCAACAACAGAAUUCCUUGAUAUAAGCCAGCUGUCCUUCAUCCAUGAUUUGGGACCAAAGGGCAUAGAAGGUAUGAUAAUGAAAAGAUCCGGUGGACACAGAAUACCAGGCUUGAACUGCUGUGGUCAGGGAAGGGCCUGCUACCGGUGGUCCAAAAGGUGGUUGAUAGUAAAAGAUUCCUUUUUACUAUAUAUGAAACCAGACAGCGGUGCUAUUGCCUUCGUCCUGCUGGUAGAUAAAGAAUUCAGAGUUAAGGUGGGAAAGAAGGAGACGGAGACGAAAUAUGGACUCCGAAUUGAUAAUCUUUCAAGGACACUGAUUUUAAAAUGCAACAGCUAUAGACAUGCUCGGUGGUGGGGAGGGGCUAUAGAAGAAUUCAUCCAUAAACAUGGCCCCAACUUUCUCAAAGAUCAUCGAUUUGGGUCUUAUGCUGCUAUCCAAGAGAACACUUUAGCUAAAUGGUAUGUUAAUGCCAAAGGAUAUUUUGAAGAUGUGGCGAAUGCAAUGGAAGAGGCAAAAGAAGAGAUUUUUAUCACAGAUUGGUGGUUGAGUCCAGAAAUCUUCCUGAAACGUCCAGUGGUUGAAGGAAAUCGUUGGAGGUUGGACUGCAUUCUUAAGCGAAAAGCACAACAGGGGGUGCGGAUCUUCAUUAUGCUCUACAAAGAGGUGGAACUCGCUCUUGGAAUCAAUAGUGAAUACAGCAAGAGGACUUUGGUGCAUCUACACCCCAACAUAAAGGUGAUGAGGCACCCAGAUCAUGUGUCAUCCAGUGUAUAUCUGUGGGCUCAUCACGAGAAACUCGUCAUCAUCGACCAGUCAAUGGCCUUUGUGGGUGGGAUUGACCUGGCCUAUGGAAGGUGGGAUGACAAUGAACACAGACUCACGGACGUGGGCAGCGUGACGCGCGUCACCGGGGGACCUUCUCUGGGUUCCCUCACAGCUGAAACAACAGAGUCUAUGGAAUCCUUAAGCCUCAAAGAUAAAAACGAAUCUAACAAAAAUCUGCCUGUCCUGAAGACUGUUGAUGAUGCAGAUUCAAAACUGAAAGGAAUAGGAAAGCCCAGAAAGUUCUCCAAAUUCAGCCUCUACAGGCAGCUGCACAGACACCACCUACGCAGCACAGACAGCAUCAGCAGCCUCGACAGCGCCUCCAGUGAUUGUAAUCACUGUAGGAGUCGUCAGAAUUUAAUCCAUGGUUUAAAGCCCCACUUGAAACUCUUUCGCUCUUCCGGUGAGUCUGAGCAGGGGCUCACUAGACCUAACGUUGACACGGGCUCCAUCCGAAGUUUACAGACAGGUGUGGGAGAGCUACAUGGGGAAACCAGAUUCUGGCAUGGAAAGGACUACUGCAAUUUUGUCUUCAAAGACUGGGUUCAACUUGAUAAACCUUUUGCUGAUUUCAUUGACAGGCACUCCACCCCCCGGAUGCCAUGGCACGACAUCGCCUCUGCAGUCCACGGGAAGGCGGCUCGCGACGUGGCCCGUCACUUCAUCCAGCGCUGGAACUUCACGAAGAUUAUGAAACCAAAAUAUCGGUCCCUUUCUUAUCCUUUUCUGCUUCCAAAAUCUCAAACAACAGCCCAUGAGUUGAAAUACCAAGUGCCCGAGUCUGUCCAUGCUAAUGUACAGUUGCUCCGUUCUGCUGCUGAUUGGUCUGCUGGUAUAAAGUACCAUGAAGAGUCCAUCCACGCUGCUUACCUCUAUGUGAUAGAGAACAGCAAGCACUAUAUCUAUAUAGAAAACCAGUUUUUCAUAAGCUGCGCUGAUGACAAAGUUGUGUUCAACAAGGUUGGCGAUGCCAUUGCUCAGAGGAUACUGAAAGCUCACAGGGAAAGCCAGAGAUACCGGGUUUAUGUUGUGAUACCACUUCUGCCAGGUUUUGAAGGAGACAUUUCAACCGGUGGAGGAAAUGCUCUACAGGCAAUAAUGCACUUCAACUACAGAACCAUGUGCAGAGGAGAAAAUUCCAUCCUUGGACAAUUAAAAGCAGAGAUCGGCAAUCAGUGGAUAAAUUACAUAUCCUUCUGUGGUCUUAGAACACACGCAGAGCUUGAAGGAAACCUAGUCACUGAGCUUGUCUAUGUCCACAGCAAGUUGCUAAUUGCUGAUGACAACACUGUUAUUAUUGGCUCUGCCAACAUAAACGACCGAAGCAUGUUGGGAAAACGGGACAGUGAAAUGGCUGUCAUUGUGCAGGACACGGAGACGGUCCCUUCAGUAAUGGAUGGAAAAGAAUACCAAGCUGGCCACUUCGCCCUAGGACUUCGGCUGCAGUGCUUUCGGGUUGUCCUCGGCUAUCUUUCUGGCCCUAGUGAAGACAUUCAGGAUCCAGUGAGUGACAAAUUCUUCAAGGAGGUGUGGGUUUCAACGGCAGCUCGAAAUGCUACAAUUUAUGAUAAGGUGUUCCGGUGCCUUCCCAAUGAUGAAGUACACAAUUUAAUUCAGCUGAGAGACUUUAUAAGCAAGCCCAUCUUAGCAAAGGAAGAUCCCAUUAGAGCUGAGGAAGAACUGAAAAAGAUCCGUGGGUUCUUGGUACAGUUCCCCUUUUAUUUCCUGUCUGAAGAAAACCUACUGCCUUCUGUUGGAACCAAAGAAGCCAUGGUGCCCACCGAGGUUUGGACUUAAGAGUCAUACUUGUUUGCAACUCAAAGACUUCCACCCUGUAGAGUACAUGUCACACAGUGACUUUCUGGAGACCUAACAGCCAAAGCCGGACCCAGUACACUCUUGUAUCCAACCCUUGGACUCUUUGGGUUGGCUGGGAAGGGCUGUAGUCAUACUCAUAUAAGGACAGUGAAAAUCAGCAGGGCUUUAUCAUUCCUCCUGCCUAUCCCUGUGAAAAAAGGACUGUAUUCUUAGGUAGCAUAUACCCAACAGCUUAAACACAUACUAAAAUUCCAUGAUGUAUACCAAACUGCAUUUUCUUUGCUAACAAGAAUUUACCUGUCACUGUGAUCUACUUUGCCAAAAGUUGUCUGAACCUCCUUAUUUUUCUCUGACCCUCACUUAUGCACUUGAUGUCUGCUGGACCUGCCUUCAUCUCAUAGUCCGUGCAGGCUCUGUCUGAGAUAUUGUUUAUUGCUAGAAGAUGUUGUGAUGCUGCUUCAAGGUUAUUUAAGGUUACACGGGAUGCUCCUCCUCCUGCCCAUCUGGUCCUGGAGUAGUCGUGUGCACCUAACCAAGGAUGUGGUCCUUAUUCCUUUCCAGUGACUGAAAGGACAGGACAGACCUUAGUCUACACAGCAGCCCAUGUUAGGCACUUCUGAUAACAUUGACAGCAUGGAUGUUGACACCACAGAUCAACAGGAAGGAAUUAAAUUCGGUUAUUAAGGCAGAGAUUUCACUUUGCCUCCAAAGGCACUGACAAGAUGUGUCCUUUUGAUAGGGCCCACCCGAUCAGAUUUGAAAACGUGUAGGAUAUUUGAUUACACGGCAACCGAUAAAACUCAAAGACACAGCAUGCAGCCUUCAGCAAUCUUCAACCUUUUGGUGGGAAUCUGAUCCAGAUA